GUUUACAAACUUUCGACUGAUUCCUUCAUAAUGAGUCUGAUUUCCAAAACCUUCCCCGUGAUCUCCCAAUUUUUACUCUCUCUCACCAGUGUUGAUCAUGUUCUCAUUCAUUCGUGUCUCUACAUGAACAGGUAUUGAAAACUAGCCCACAAAGUAGAAGCCAGAAAAGCAAUUAUUGGCGGGUUUGGCAGCUUAUCAUCUUUCUCAACUUCUUCCACUUCAAGCAUACAAAUAAGAGCUGAGAUUUUUGUUUUCAACAUUUCAAGGUAAGGGAGUUCACUAGAAAUUAACAAUGGAGGCACUUGGGAAUUUGGCAUUAGACAGAGGAAGGAGGUACGUGAAUUUGGAUGAUAAUCUAAGGUCGCUCGAAACCAAGUUGCGGAGAUUAGUCGGCAGAAAAACUGACCUCGAGUCGCAAGUGACAGAUGCAGAAAGAUCAGGUACUAAGAAAAGGAAAAGGGAGGUUGAGAUUUGGUUUGAGGAGGUAGCAACAGUAGAAAAUGAAUUCGGUGCAUUGAAAAAGAGCAUACAAGAGGGUGGAUUUCUAGAAAAUGCAAUUAGCAGUGGGGAUAGAGUGGCGAAAAUGGAUGCAAUUGUAGAGCAACUGAUGGAGCAAAGUAAUCAUUUUGAUGGGCUUUUGCUUGAGGCUUUUGAGAGCAGAGGUGAGCCACGAGUGACUACAAAAUUAUUUGGAGAAAUGUUUGACAGAGGUUUGAAAGCAAUCUGGGCGUGGUUGGUCAUCGAUAGCAUCUCAAACAUUGGGAUUUAUGGGAUGGGCGGUGUGGGUAAGACUACAUUGGCGAAACACAUCCAUAAUCAUCUCCUUGAGAGAACUCAAUUCAAGGUUUAUUGGAUUACUGUCUCUCAAGAAUUCAGCAUGAAAAGGCUGCAAGAUGACAUUGCGAAACGCCUAAGGCUUGAUCUGUCACAUGAGGACGAUGAGGAUAGCAGGGCAGCCAUUUUGUCCAGGGCAUUGGUGAAGCAGUCCGUCCUCAUACUCGAUGAUGUUUGGCAAGAGUUUUCUUUUGCAAAGAUUGGAAUUCCUCUUGGUGCAAACAAAUGCAGAGUGAUCUUGACUACUCGAUCACUGGUAUUAUGCAACAGGAUUAGCUGUCAAAGGGUAUUUGAAGCUAAAACUUUGGCUACAAAUGAAGCUUGGGAUUUGUUUAAUCAUACACUUGACACUAAGACAGUGCUUCGUGGAGAUCUGGAAAAUAUUGCCAAGUCCGCUGCGAAAAGGUGUUCUGGUUUGCCUCUUGGUAUUAUCACAGUGGCUGGGAGCAUGAAAGGUGAGACGGACAUCCGUGUGUGGAGAUAUGCAUUGAAGCAAUUGAAAGCAUGUUCAGUAGGGCAUGAUGAGAUGGGACGAGAUGUGUUUCCCAUCUUGGAAUGGAGUUUCAAUCGCCUGAAAGAAUGUGAAAGGAAUUGCUUCUUGUAUUGCUGUCUUUUCCCAGAAGAUAGUGAUAUAAAAAGAAAGGAACUAAUAGACCUGUUUAUUGGGGCAGAGCUGAUGUCAAAACGGGAAUCAUGGUCAGAAGAAUUUGAUGAAGGUCACACGAUAUUAAACAAACUGAUAAGUGUUUGCUUACUAGAAAAAACUACAGAUUUCAAAGGGGAUGACUGUGUGAAGAUGCAUGAUUUGAUCAGAGACAUGGCAUUAAGGAUCACGCAUGGAAACUUCAAACCAGAGAGCAGCAGAGAUGAUGUACCACGAUUCUUGGUGAAAAGCAUGGGAAAGGGAAAUUCUAGAGUAACACUGGAACCAAAAAAAUGGACAGAAGAUCUCCAUGCAGUCUCCUUCUGUUCCGGUAUGUUUCAAUUUAUAGGAAUAGAAGUUCCACCGGCCUGGUCACCAAAUUGUCCUAAGCUCUCAACCUUGCUUCUUUCUCAUGUUUUCAUAAAAGAAAUCCCAGAUUCAUUCUUUCGGCACAUGUGUGGACUUAAAGUUUUGAAUCUAUCUCGGUGCGCAGGUAUAACAGAGUUGCCUAAUUCUGUUUCAAACUUGGUCAAUCUCACUGCUUUGAUUUUGGGGGGUUGUGGGGACCUCCGAUUUGUGCCACCACUGGGAAAUCUCAAGCAAAUGAGGGAUUUGGACCUAUCCUCCACUCGGAUUCAGGAUUUGACUCAAGAUUUGGAGUCAUUGGUUAAUCUCGAAAGGCUCAACUUGAAGGAUUGUAUGCACCUCCGAUCCGUGCCACCACUGGGAAAGCUCAAGCAAUUGAGGGAAUUGGAUCUAUCCAAAACUAAGAUUGAGGAUUUACCUGAAGGCUGGGAGUCACUGGUCAACCUCGAAAGGUUUAACUUGAACGAGUGUUGGAGUUUAAGACGAAAGAUAAUAAUACCAAAAGGGACAUUUUCUCAAUUGCACCGUCUUCAACUGCUAUUAUUGCCACCCUAUGGUAGGGUACAAGUUAAUGAUCCAGAAGUGUUGAACCAGUUAGAAAGUUUUAAAGGAUGUUUGUCUUUUACGGACUUCUAUAAAAUUACUCGGUGGCCAAAAUACUAUAAUAAUGUUUAUAUCAAUGACAUCUUAACUGAGGAUCCGAGUUUUUUUAAUGAAGUGAGGGGGUUCUCGGAGAAACAACUGCAUUUCCAUCAGUGUAAGCUUGGUAGAGGAUUGAACAAUCUGCCAGAUGAUAUGGAAAGUCUGAUAAUUGAGGAUUGUGAGGGCAUGGGCAUUAGGUGCUUGUCAGAUGUUUUUAAGAAUUUUAUAAAUUUAAGCAACUUAUCUGACUUGGUUAUUGUGGAUUCGGUUGGAAUAGAGUUCCUCUGGCAAUUGUCCUCUGCUUCUCCACGUGAUCAGUUGGAAGUCUCGUCUUUCAGUCCACUCCGUGGUCUCCAAAUGCUACGCCUCUGGAGGUUGCCAAAUCUGAUUGGUCUUUUUUACGAAGAAUCAGAACCAUAUUUGCUUCCAACUGGCACCUUCUCUUCCCUAAAAGAAUUGGAGAUUUUUGAAUGUCACAACAUGAAGUCGCUAUUCACAGUGCAGUUGCUGCAGAGCCUUCAAAAUCUUGAAAUAUUAUAUGUUUACAAUUGUGAAGGACUGGAGGAGAUAGCAGCAGAUGGCAACGGAGUAGGACAAGGAGGAGGAGAAGGCAUCCAAUUGACUUCAAGUGAAGGAGCCACCGCCAAUGUCAUCCUUCCGAAAUUGAGGUGGUUGAGUCUGAAAAACCUGCCUCGACUGAAGAGCAUUUGCAAGGCAGCCAUGAUCUGCGAUUCAAUCUAUGAGAUUAAAAUAUUUGAUUGUCCAAAUUUAAAGAGGCUGCCUUCGUUUCUUUCCACCAUCGACGGACCACCAUCUCUUCCCAGCACUCUUCAUAAAAUCCGGGGAGAUAAAGAAUGGUGGGAAUCAUUAGAGUGGGACAAUCCUAGUGCCAAAAAUGCCCUUGACCCAAUUUUUUCCACACGGUGAUCAAAAUCCUGACUGGUUCUCAUGUAGCCACAAAACUGCUGCUGCAAGAGAGGUGAUGUUGCAAAAACAAGUGUUAAUUGAAGCCUUGUCCACCACCGCCAAAUUUCAUUUCAGUACAUACUUCUUCCUUAGCUGUAUUACAGUUGCUAUUUUUCCUAAACUUGAUUGUAGCUGGAGCAGUGAUACAGUUUUCUGUGACUAUUCCUUGAUUAUCAACAAAAAUGUUUUGGGGUAUUAUGACAAAAUUUUUGGUUUAAUGUUUAACAUUUAUAUUCACUUUAGGAUGCGUAAAA